AUGUCUGACCUCGAACCUGCCACCAAGAUCGACCCCAAUGUGUGGUACCAACUAACAGAGGCAGCGGUGGACGACUAUGAGGGUGAUUUCGUUAGCAGCCUGCAACCUGUCGCUCAAGAUGACGAUCUGCACGUCUGGCCCGCCAAAGGUAUCAACGCGUUCUGGCAAUUUCAACCUAUAGGUGACAAGCCCGGCCGUUACGCGAUUCGAUGCUCCAAAACCACGACCCAGAAGCAACUCUCUGUAUGCUACCGCCCAGACGUCAAGGUCGAAAAUAGACGCACUCAUGCUUGUCUUUUGGAUAGCGAUGGCACUGAUGCACAGCAUUGGGAUGUUGCCUCGUGGGGUGCCAAUGAUACAUACAGAUUGAUCAACGUCAAGAACGGCACCGAUUACUAUCUCGACUGUGUUCCCAAUGGUCCUGUCUUCCUGAGUCCCAACCACGAGGGGUAUCAGAGCAGGCAACAUUGGCUUAUGACGAGUGUGAAGGAUGUAGAUGAUGCUGCAUACAGCACCGUCUUUUCUGAAGAUUCUUCGUCAACAUCACACCCCAUGACGACAUCAGCAUCUACCUCCGAAUCCACGGCUUCUGAAUCUGAGACUUCUACUUCUGGAACUUCCGAGGCCGAAUCUUCAAGUGGUGAUUCCUCAAACAACAAGGGCCUGUCAUCUGGUGCCAUCGCCGGUAUCAGCAUCGGUGCUACUCUCGCGGUCGUUGCUAUUGCACUCCUAGCCUUCUUCCUGUGGCGUCGAAGGAAGCAGAACGCCCAAAACACCAAUUCUGUUGGCUCUUCAGAGUCCAACAAUGAGGGAAACGAUCUUCCGAUGCCUGUAUCUCCUGUGCCCGCAUACAACUCUACACGACCGAGCGAGAAGCUCGACAGCGAGCCCCCUUCGAUUCAAGAGAUGUUGCAUGAACAAGCUCCAGUAGAACUGUCGGCCGAGCAGCGACACGAAAUGGGUUAG